CGAAGCGGGCUGCGGAGGAAAACUUUCCCAAGCGACGGGAGUCCACCGAACCGACUGCCCGCGCGCGACCAGUCAGUCCCGGGGCCGGAAUUUGUUAAGGAAUCUCCAUCCACAAUAGUAUCUCGCCCCGUCUCUUUCCCCGGCUCCGUGAUAUGAGCGGCAACCUUGACCGAUUGCUGGCGACACCUCUGCAAUAGACUUGACCCAGCACGGAUGAAGUCCUCCCUCCGGAUCCAGUCCACCCUUGGACUCCUCUUCCGGCCCUGCGCCGUCUCGGCCCCCGCCACUGCCCCUGGGCUCAACGCACACGCACGAUGGGCGCAUAAGAUUGCCGCCCAGCUGCCCCUCAUCCCCAAGCCGACCCCCUUCGUCCCCGACGUCCCGACCUUCCUGACCUUGAUCGGUCGCGACCUCAAACAACAUGCCGACAAGUUCCCCACGUGGGAGGCCCUCUUCACCCUCACUACCGACCAACUGAGAGAACUCGGCGUCGAGCCCCCAAGGGCAAGACGCUACCUGCUGCGAUGGAGGCAACGAUUCAGGGAGGGCAAGUUCGGCAUCGGUGGCGACCUCAAGCACGUUGAAAACGGUGUCGCUUACCUGAAGAUCCAUGAGAAGGAAGCAAGCCCCACCAGAACCUCACGAAAGGUCGUCAACGUCCCCGCCAACCAGAACGUCGACGAGGUUUCUGAAGGCGAACGUGUCAAGGUCAAGGGCUACAAGGUCAAGGGCGUUUCUACAAUCGUUGGCCCCUAUGCCUUGCCGGUCCAGAAGGGCGUCGCCAAGCUCGCCGUCACUGAGGGCAUGUGGGAAGACAAGAGAGGACACAAGGUCGACGGUGGUGAGCGUAGACGCGCCGAGGUGCGCUUCAAGAGAGGUGUGGCGGAGCGCAAGGCCCUAAGGGAGAAGAUGGGCUUCUACUAAACAAAUCAAUCGGGCUAUGGUCAUGGAUGAUUGGGUUGGUCGAGCUGCCGUCAGAUUUGAACGUUUGCUCGGUUGGCCACAAGCUCUACUCCAUUUGUAGCCAUGUGUAAAAUCUGUAUAUUAAUGGGAUUCGGCUUGCCACGUUCCGGGGUCCUGGGCUGUUCUC